AAACCCCUUUUUGGGGCUUGGGGCUAGUCGUGAUGAAGCCGCAAGGUUUUGCGGACGGCGGGGUCGGCGCUGCUUUAGCGUUAAAUAUGUUUAAUAGUGGAUAUUAAUGAGGUGUUCCCCACCUCCCCUCCCCCCUUUCCCCUACCUUUUUGGAUGUUUAAAAAAACCCCGAACUACUCAGCUGGUGACAUUUACAUUUCUGUAGUAACAGCAAUUCAUUAGAAAAGUGAUACUAGCAGGGAAAUGUAGUAGUAAUGGAGCCCCGGGGUGACUGCGGAUAGCGCCGAGGGACCGUAGCCCCCCCCUCUGCUCCCUGGCAGUGGACAGCGGCGUGGAGGAGCCGGGGGCGUUUGGGAGCCUGUGGGAAUGCAGGGGGCUGGGAGCGCAGGGUGCAAUGCAGAACUGGAAGCGCCGAAACUCUGCAUUUUGUGCAUAGUUCGGUGCUGGGUGGCCAUUUUUCUAAUCUUUUUCCUGUCAGGCUGUUGGACCCCCAAAAUGCUCAUUUGGCACUUGAAAAAACACCCCCUCAGGCUCCCCCUACCCUUUUCUUAGGGCUGUUUCGAUGCCAAAUACUUGUAUUUUUGUAUUCCAAACGGGUGAUCCUUCAUCAAGCUUUAAACCUCGUUAAGAGGUAGCUAACCAUUUGUGAGGAGGAUCUUUUCCCCCGCUUCUCUCUGGAGUUUGCAUGUUUGUUCCUCUGUUACUUCCAGGGAAGGAUUUAGUCCCUAGUAUGAUGGCUGAAAUGGUGGCACGCAAUUCAGUGUGCUGCCAGAUGCUUACCUUCUUUCAGAGUUUGGGAUAGGCUCAGGCAGUAUUAAAAGCUUGCUAAGAGGAUACUGUUUUAUGGUUUCCUCCAUUUUUGGGAUCUGUUAGAAGCAGUCUAAAAAUACCGGAUCAUCAUUCCUCACACUUGUAACUACAAGACUUUCAAAGAACUGUUCUUAGAUAUGCACCUUUUAUUUUUUCCCCCUCCUUUUUUAACCUUGUGAAUUAUUGGCCUGGUACUUAGUAGGUAGCUACUCUUGUAUCCUUGUUCUUGCAAUUUGAAAGCAUCACUAUUGAUUCUGAAUUGAGCAGUUUUUAGCAUCAAAUCUUCAUUAUUACACAGGGUUGGGUAUUUUAACUUGCUGAAGAGAUACCCCCUAAUGUUCCUAGAAGCACCCAACCUUUGCCAAGUGCUACAAACAUGUGCAGUUUGUGCAAACUUGUCAAGAAAAUGGCCUUUUUUUAAAAUUGGGAAACAGAUUAUCACUAUCUCAGUACUACUUCUGUCCUUCCUGCAGCAGCAUUUAUUUCAGCAUAUGAAGUUUCUUGAAGUCCCUUGCUCAAAUAUUGGUUGCACAUUACUGCCCAGAACUAGCUUAGGAAGGCACUUUACUAUCUCAUGCAACCUUAUCUGCCAUUCCACAACUUCAUAACAAACCCAUUGGAACAUGAAAUGACCUUGGAAAGGUAUCUUUCAAUCUGACACGAAGCAUUCUCUUAACAGGGAACAGCACUGCUCCACAAAGAGCUGAUGUUUUCAAAUUGAUGCUUCUAAACGGAUUUUAUUGGAAUUUUUUGUUGCUUUUUUUUUAAGAAGGCAGGGAGAUGGGUGGAAUAUUGAAUUGGAAAGGAAAAUAUUUUUUUAAAAACAAACCCACUCAGCUGAAGUUGAAGCACCACUCAGCUUUAGAAGGAGGUGUAUUAAGAAUGUACAUAUGAUAGUGAUACUUAAGUCUAGGGUGAAAACAAGUCUUUAAUUUUAAUCAAAGGAAAACAGCAUUUCCUCUGCCAGUUCUGAUUUGCUCAUUCAUAAGAUCUUCAAAAGCCCAAAUUAUUAGUGGGACUAAUUGAAAGCUAGUUGGGUGUGUCAAAUGGAGAAAAGAAGUGAUGAAGUCUGAAGGAAGCUUUACAUUUAGUUGUAUUGUUCUUGAUGUCAUAAUGUGAAGCUUCUAUAUGGAAAAUAUUCCAGGACUCUUUCAGUCCCCAAAAUUCUGCUCCUCUGGAAAGGCUGCAAGAGCACUCGAGAAUCAGCAGCAGUCAAGGGGGAGCCUUGCAGCUGCCGGGGGAAUUAAUGGAGGGGGUGCCUGGCCAGUAAACUAAAUGAGAUUUUGGCCCAGAUGCUGGUCUUGACACAUCAGGCCUUGCAAAAGGGUGGUGAGUGCUCUUGUGCCCAUGGUGGUUUUACCUCUCAGUGAGAUGGUGCCUCCUGUAGAGCAGCGAGGAGUCCCAGCCUCCCACCGCGCUCCUGCCUCGGGAGCUCAGGGUAUGAGUGCCACCUGCUGGGUGAUGAGCCACUUUAUAUCGAUUAUACAUCGUUUAUACAUAUGCAUGAUGCAUUUGUGUUUACAUACAUAUGCCAUGUUUAUGUAUGUCUUUGUUUGCCUGCAGGUGUACAGCUUUUCCGCAGACGUGUUCUUGGGUGAAACUAUGAAACCUUGCUAAGACAGACCUGGAGUUCCUCACUUUCUGAGGACUUAGCACAGCUUGUAUUUGGUGACACUCAAACAGCACUUGGGCUUUGUAUUUCAGGGGUAAAGGGGAAAUUUUGAUGCUGCUGACAUUUAAUACUGCCUUUGUUUUACUGAAGGCAAGUGGGAAUUUUCAGCUGCAUAGCGCAUGGCUUGUGGUGUGGAAAGCUUUCACAAGAACCUCAGUGGUCAGAUACCCGGCUGGCAAGGUAGAACUGAAAGGGAGGCCCAACAAACCAAACUCAACUUUGUAAUGUAUCACUUAAAUGUAGAAUCUUCACAGCACUGCUGAUUUAAUAUUUUUCUUCAUCUUAACUCACAUAUGUCCAAAAGAUUUACGAGCAUCCCACCGGGAUACGAAAUAUCACUUCUCAUUUAAAUUAACUGCAGACCUAUAGGACUUGCAGAAUAUUGAUGGAUUUUUUUUUCCAUUUUAAAGAAUACAUUUUUCAUAUUCACUCUCUCAUAUUUGCAUAGAAGAGUAAAAUAUAAAAGUUUGAUUCUGACCCAGAAUUGCUACUGAAGGUGACGCAAUAAAUCCAAAUCUGACAUCAUUCCCAGCAAUGACUUUCCAAUUUCCACUUGCUUCCAUAUCUCCUAGCCUGCUGGGGCAUUGGCUGGAAUGAUGUUUAAACACCAGUUUGAUUCAGCUGAAUACUGAGUGAUAUCAGUUGCAGCACCAAGGCUUGUAGUUUUCCUGUGUUGUACUGACAGUAUUAGGGAAAGAUGAGCAACCCUGGGUACCGGGGCUUUGUUGGACAGCUAACCUCAUCAAGGCUUUAUUGCUUACUUAUUUUGUGGUGUGCUGGUGCCAGAUGAGUCUUUUACCCUGUCUGUGGAUUAGGAGUGGGUCCAAGCUGAACUAUGAAAGUUUUCAGGAAACUUUUAAAUGCUUUCAGCUGGAAAACCUAUAUUGAUGUGCUCUUGUGAUAAAUUGAUAAAACGCUUCACAUGGUUUUGAAAGUGUAUUCCACCACUUGAGAUCUGUACUUUCAAGAGUGCAUAACAGUCAGGAAUGAGUUGAUGGAGCAAAAAGCAAGUAGUGUAAUUACAGAGUUCAUCCUAAAGUGUGAUUCUAGCAAAAAAAAAAAGCACCUGCCAUAUCAAGAGGGAUUACAAGAUAGGCUUUUGAGGAAGGGGACCCAAUAAUAACUCAUAGCUCAAGCUCACUGUCCCCUAAAACGUUCACAGUUAAUUUGAUGCUUGACAAAUUGUGAUUUCAGUGUCUGGUGAAGAAGCAAUUGACCCUAAAAUUGCUGCCUGAAGCUGAACCAACGUUUUCAGUUUCAUAACCAGUGUCAUGCAAAAAUAGUAUGUGAAGAGGGACAGGGGAAAUGCAGAAUGUCCCUGUGGUCUUGCUCUUAUGUAUCUCUCCUCCCCCUGACCCAAGCAACUGGCAUGUGCUGUAGGCAGUGGAUGCUGCUGCAAUUCUCAAGGCAAUUUACAUCUCAUUCAUCCAUCCCAUUAUGGCAUAUUGUGACCUUUUUCCCCCCCCCAAACCUUCUGAGCUGAUAAUGAAACUCUGCCCCUUAUAACGUGUCAAAUUGCAACAACCACCUCUUGUUUUCACUCAGAAGUGUAUCUGCACUAUUGUCAAUGGGCAUGCUGCUCUCCUGUCCCCUCCCCAUUCUAAAUAAACCAGUUCAGCAGCUCUCCUGCACGAAUUCUGCCAGCUCUGAGUCAUCCAUACAUUUUUGUUUCGUUCCUUCCUCGUGUUUUUGCACACCAUGUUUCCCGCCACUCCCACCUACUCAACAUCUGCUUUCAAGUGACCUCUCAUAUCCUGAUAAAUUUGUUAAUGUUAAGCUUGCUCCAUGCCACCAUCAAAAUCUCACUUUCCUUAAUAUGAAGUCCCAUGUCCAGUCAGGUGACUCAAUGGCCUUUACAGUCCUUGGGAGUACCUUGGAUUCCUGUCUGCUCCAAUGAAAAUGUUCUCCCAGUAAUUUCAGCUUACCUUGCAGAGGUAAAAGACAGGUAAUAUCUUGAGGGCAAUCUGUAACUACAGUCACACUAACAGUAAUGGGGCAUGGUUGCAGCUCUGGGGAAGGACUGGGGUACACAAGACUGACAAGAGAAAUCAGAAAUGAAGGCAAAUCUUUUGCAAUCUCUUUUCCCUUUCCUCUCCAAUAUUCUUCACAUGAAGGGGCUGGAAUGGCUCCUACUGUAAAAGCACUCCUACAAAAGCAGCAACAACAACAACAACAAAAAAAUAGUUGUUUGCUAGCAAAGUGGUAAAUAUGUGAGCAAUCAUCUUCCUUUUUCUGCAGCCCUUCGUGCUGUCUUAUUAAUGGGCCGUGAAGGCUGAGGAGGAGGUAACUCAUCAGCCAUUAUCCACUGAGUGGGGGGAGCUGCAAAUUAGUUGCUUUUGCCAGUUUCUUUUUUUUUUUUUUUUUUUUUUUUGACAGCAGCAGAUAAAUUUGCCUUCAUUUGGCAUAGUUUCUGCAGAGAUCAAAUAGAAACCACAUCAGGGGCUGUGCUGGUGGCUCACUGCCCUCCUGAGUUGCCUUGAGAUGUAUGGAGGUGAAAAUGAAAGUCCCUUUACUGGGACCCAGAGCGCUGAGUUGUGAGGAUGGCUGUUCCUGAGAACAGUUGGUUUGGAGAAUUUGGAUGGUUGAAACAUGUGAACUGAGAAGAUAUAUCCCAAUCUGUUGGAAGGGACUUUGCAAUGGCCUUUGACUUUUUGACAUCUUGUCAGCCUUGGCCUGGUGAUCAAUCUGAUGGUCACAGAACUGCUGGGAGAUGAUGACAGCAUUUCCUUCACUGCCUCCUUUCCUUCCACCACAGGCUUCAGCACUCUCCUUGCCUGCUUGUCUGUGCUCGGGACCUUGUGUGCUUCCUGAACUUCCAUGUGCAAUUGAUUUCUCUAGUCAAAAGAAGAGCAUGCCUUUGUCUGCCCUUACAUACACACAUGCAGUUUGUUUAGGUUAACCCAUAGCAAUUGGCAUUUUGUACUGAUCUCUUUGAAGCAUUUAGUCUCCAAAGGAUUAAUAAUUAAAAAAAACCAAAAAAAAACCAAAGAGAAAAGCAAAAAAAACCCAAAAAACAACAAACCCCAAACACUAAAUUGGUCGACUGUUUUGGAACAGUUGCCAAAAGAAAUCAAUGCUGAGCCUGGGAAAGCUGUAAAAUUCUUUCUUGGGUUUUUAUUAGUAGGAGAGAAGUGACACACACUGAGUUUGGUCACUCAGACACUGUUCAAAGUCCAAAUUGAAAAAAAAAGUAGUUUCAGCUUGGGUGUUCUUGAUGGUUUGCAGAUGUGUAUUAGUACAUAGAUACUCAGCUGUGGGGUAGGCUGCAGGCCCCCUUAAUUGCAAAGAAUAAAUUACCAAUCCCCCAUCCUUGACUGAGGAUUCUGAAACUGAGCAGUCGCUGUGGUGGCUUUGCCUUACUUCCUUGCCAAAUGUUACAUCUCCUCAUCAAGGAUGUCAGCAGUAUAAGAGAAAAUAAUAUACCUUUUUAUAUUUGUGAUAUUGCACACCUGUCACUACUUGAUGGGGGAAGUACAGUAGAAGGUUUUCUUUUCUCAAAAACAUUUUCCCCCCUCACAAAAUGUUCCUUCUGAGGUCAGCCUUGACAGAUAUUUAUUAGACUGGAAUUAUUAUUCUUUUAUUAACAUUGAUAUUGUGGGGUCUUUUAUUUCUUUCUAGAGUAAAUUGGAGAGUGGAGGGUUGAUUAUGUUCAGUCCAUUUAAUGAGUUACCUGAAACUGUCUUGUAAUGCAGACUUAACAGAAAGCAGUAGUGUUGUAUUUGUUCAUUGAAUCUCAAGAGGUUUUUUUUCUUCUUUUUCUCUUCAUUUUCCUGCUGAUGGCUAUGACUGUGCUGAAACCACGGACUUCACAAACUGGAUGAAUGGCUGCCUCCUGGAAUAUGGAUAAUUUUGACUAACCAACCAUGACUACAGAAUCGGGAUCAGACUCCGAGUCCAAGGAUAAAGAGCAGGAUCAGGAGGAGAGCCCUGCGCAGGAAGGGGCGGCGGAGACCCAGCCACAGGAGCAGCAGCCGCAGCAGCCGCAGCAGCCGCCGUGUGAGGAGCACCAGACCGCGCUCGAGCAGUUCUCGGCUGUGGCAGCGCACAGCACGCCCGUCAGAAAGGAGCAGGCUACAGAAAAAGAACAGGAAUUUGCUGCUGCGAGUGCAAAACAGUUGGAAUAUCAGCAGCUAGAGGACGACAAGCUCUCUCAAAAAUCUUCAUCUAGCAAACUUUCCAAGUCUCCUCUAAAGAUCGUCAAGAAACCGAAAAAUAUGCAAUGCAAAGUGACGCUCCUGGAUGGAUCGGAAUAUGCGUGUGAAGUAGAGAAACGUUCCAGAGGUCAAGUGCUAUUUGACAAAGUGUGCGAGCAUCUGAACCUUUUGGAAAAAGACUACUUUGGGCUAACAUACAGAGACACAGAAAACCAAAAGAAUUGGUUGGACCCUGCCAAGGAAAUCAAGAAGCAGAUCCGAAGUGGUGCUUGGCAGUUUGCAUUUAAUGUGAAAUUCUACCCUCCAGACCCUGCCCAGCUAUCUGAGGACAUUACCAGGUACUACCUCUGCCUGCAGCUGAGAGAUGACAUCGUUUCGGGUCGGCUGCCCUGCUCGUUCGUCACGCUGGCCCUGCUGGGCUCCUACACCGUGCAGUCGGAGCUCGGCGACUACGACCCUGACGAGUACGGCAGCGAUUACAUCAGCGAGUUCCGCUUUGCGCCAAACCACACUAAAGAGCUGGAGGACAAAGUGAUCGAGCUGCACAAGAGCCACAGGGGAAUGACACCUGCAGAAGCUGAGAUGCAUUUCCUGGAAAAUGCCAAAAAACUAUCAAUGUAUGGAGUAGAUCUCCAUCAUGCCAAGGAUUCCGAAGGUGUGGAAAUCAUGCUAGGAGUCUGUGCAAGUGGACUCUUAAUAUAUCGAGACAGACUCAGAAUAAAUAGAUUUGCCUGGCCAAAGGUUUUGAAAAUUUCCUACAAGAGGAACAACUUCUACAUCAAAAUCCGACCAGGGGAGUUUGAGCAGUUUGAAAGCACUAUUGGGUUUAAGUUGCCAAAUCAUCGUGCUGCAAAGCGCUUAUGGAAAGUGUGUGUUGAACACCAUACAUUUUUCAGGCUCCUGCUGCCAGAAGCACCUCCAAAGAAGUUCCUCACGUUGGGCUCCAAGUUUCGCUACAGCGGCCGGACGCAGGCCCAGACGAGAAGAGCCAGUGCCCUCAUAGACCGUCCUGCACCUUACUUUGAGCGGUCCUCUAGUAAACGUUACACCAUGUCUCGCAGCUUAGAUGGGGCAUCAGUGAAUGAAAACCAUGAAAUGUACAUGAAGGAUUCUGUGUCUGCUGCAGAGGUUGGUACUGGCCAGUACGCCACAACAAAGGGCAUCUCUCAGACCAACUUGAUAACCACUGUGACUCCAGAGAAAAAGACAGAAGAGGACAAAGAUGAUGAAGAGGGCAAAAAGAAGAGAGCAGAGGAAGUCACCCCGAUUUCAGCAAUACGCCAUGACACCAAGCCAUCUUUGCUUGGCACUGACUCCCACCACUCCUCGCCAUCCUCUCAGCCUGGCCCCCAUGUAUCUUCAGCAAAGCUUCGCAGGAGAUGCAAGGAGAGCACUCGGACAAAGUCCUUAGGCUGUGAGGCCCCCAAAGAGAGCGCUCCAAAACAUGGCGAGUCGGAGCCAGACUCUGACAGAAAGGGGCGGGUUUGCUCCGCCGAGCAAGACAUGGCUUUUGGCUACAAGCAAAAAGCUGGCAAAGGCGGAACACUGUUUUCCUUCUCCUUGCAACUUCCAGAGUCAUUUCCUUCCCUCCUGGAUGACGAUGGCUACCUGUCGCUCCCUAACCUCUCCGAAACCAACCUCCUGCCUGCCAGUGUGCAGCACUACCUCCCCAUCCGCUCCCCUUCCCUCGUGCCUUGCUUCCUCUUCAUUUUUUUCUUUCUGCUCUCUGCCUCUUUCUCAGUGCCAUAUGCCCUCACUCUCUCCUUUCCUCUGGCUAUGUGCCUCUGCUACCUGGAGCCCAAGGCGGCCUCCUUGAGUGCCUCACUUGCCAAUGACCUGAGUGACAGUUCAGAGGAAGAGACUGACAGUGAGCAGACGGAUACUGCGGCUGAUGGUGAGACCACUGCCACCGAGUCGGAUCAAGAGGAGGACGGAGAUCUAAAGGCACAGAAUAGUCUGAUUAAGCGAAUACAGGGUGAAAAUGUGUAUGUCAAACAUAGUAAUCUUAUGUUAGAGGAUCUAGACAAAACCCAGGAAGAUCUGAUGAAACAUCAGACCAAUAUAAGCGAGUUGAAACGCACCUUCUUGGAAACCUCCACAGAAACGACUGUGUCUAAUGAGUGGGAGAAGAGGCUUUCCACAUCUCCCGUUCGGCUUGCAGCAAGGCAGGAGGAUGCUCCUAUGAUUGAACCACUAGUGCCUGAAGAGACCAAAGAAGAAACAGAAAAAUCAGAAAAACUCAUAUUUUUGCAGAAAGGAGGUACUACAUUCCUUGAAAUGCAGCCAAGUGUGAUAGAGAAGAAGCUGCAGGAAGGAGAAUCUGCUGGCACUUUGGUUACUUCUCAUCAAAUCAUUAUCCAGAAAAGUAUCCCAUCAUCCCUAGAGGGCACUGAGGAUUGGGUUAUUAUAGACAAAAUACCCUCUGAGGUAGUUGAUGGUGAAUCGGAAAAAAAUCUGGCAUACAAAGUAGUGACUGUGAGCAGUAAAACUGCCUUUCCACCUGAGAUAUUAAAAUCCAGUACCGUUCUAAUGCAGAGCUUUGAGGACUUGGAAAGUGAAAUACAAUCCAAUGAGGAGAAUAAGCAGAAAAUGUUCACCCUAGGAAAGUCCUAUGAUACCGUGUCUGGGAAAAUUGUAACCAUGACAAGUAAAGCUAAAGAGGGUGAGAAAGCAGUACAGCCUUCAGGAGAAACUUUGCAAAAACUGGAAAGGGAAGUUCAAGAAUCUGUGAAAAUCAUUCCAAUAGUGGCCAAGUAUGAAGUCCUCAAGCCUGUCACUGAUGAGAAAGCCAGGCGGGGAUCCGAUGUGCAGAGCACAAGAAGAAAGCUGUCUGACUCUCUGACACCCAUAAAGGAAGCAGAAUCUCAGUUGCAAAGUCCUGAAGAGGAGAGUUUGAAAAAGACACUAAGGAUGGACCAGGAUUUGCAGUUACUUGGUACACUGGAAAGCUUACAGCUUGGCAAAGCAGAAAAGCAUCUUGGCGGAGAAGCUGUAAAAGCAGGGGCGUUUGCCCGGACAGAUAAGAGCCUGUCUGAGUGGAGAUAUUCCAGAGAACAGCCAUUUACCAUUGCUACUGCUCACUAUGUUACUGAGUCGUCUGCAUCAAAAGUAGUGACUAAACAGUCCACCAGUGAAAAAACCUUGGAUGGUUCAGAUAUCUUCACUUUAAUAGAGUCCGCCAGAAAACCAACUGAGUUCAUAGGAGGGGUUACUUCUACUUCCCAUACCUGGGCUCAGAGAAUAGACACCACGACGUCUCAGGAGAUAACUUCCAGUGACAUGAAGCAAGCAGUUCAGCCGGAUCAGGAUACAGUGCAGAAGGUUGUACAGGAGACUGUAGUUGUCAAGGAGAGACAUGGGAUGGAGGUGCAUGCAGGCGGGGAUCCUGCUAAAGUGGCCGGACUUACGCCGGAUGCCCAGGCUGAGGCAGCGUCGGCGGUGGCUGCCGGCGUGAAAGGGAAGGAGGGCUCUGCUGGGACUGAGGGGGCGAAGGAGGAAAAAAGGGAGGAGGCUGGGAAAGCCCUAACCAAACAGGAAGGAGUCGCUGCCACUGCUUCGUGUGAGCAGGCAGAGGAGCACAGAACAACAGUCCAACUUUCAGAGUCUUUGGAAAGAAAACCUCAUUUUGAGUCACCAGUUGUGAAGACUGAGACUAUAAGUUUCAGCAGUGUUCCUGCUGGUGGUGAAACCCUUGAAAUUUCAACAAAGGAAGUGCCAGUAGUCCAUACAGAAACAAAAACCAUUACAUAUGAGUCUUCUCAGGUGGAUUGCGGUGCUGACUCUGAACCAGGUGUAUUGAUGAGUGCACAAACGAUCACAUCUGAAACCACCAGCACUACAACUACCACACAUAUCACCAAAACUGUGAAAGGAGGCAUCUCAGAGACAAGAAUUGAAAAACGAAUAGUCAUCACAGGAGAUGCAGAUAUUGAUCAUGAUCAGGCGCUGGCUCAGGCAAUUAAAGAAGCCAAAGAGCAGCACCCUGACAUGUCAGUGACCAAAGUAGUGGUACAUAAAGAGACAGAAAUCACACCAGAAGAUGGGGAGGAUUGACCACAGGAAUAACCUACAAUGCAUAUGAAUCCAGACAUGCAUACCAGUAGGAAUACGAGAACCUAUACGGAGUCUCAGUUCCAACCUGACUGACUUGUAUCUGUCUAUGGAAAAUUUCAGUACAGAAGAAUUGAUCUUGACCGUUAAUAAAGAAACUGGCAGAGAUACCUUCCCAUAGAAAGCAAUCUGAAUCAGCAGCAGUUAAACAAUAUUGCAUGAAGCAACAAUAAAAUUACAGAAAAGCAGCAUUUUUAAUUUUCUUAAAAUCUCUAAGUUUUCAGCUUUACCUGCACGUUCAUAAACAAUAUAAACAGUGAUCUCAUGUAACACAUAAACAGUUCAUGCCUUUCACAGUUUCUGAAACUCUAAACAAAUUAAAAUUUGUUAGGUGGCAAGCCUUUUGUUUACGGAUAAUGUAAAUGAAGAUUACCCCAAAAAUGCUAGAAGCUGUAUAGGUACUGUGUAUAAUGUUUUACCACACAUUAGAUGUGCCAAUAACACAGUUUAUUCAGUAAACAACUUGAAUCUUAUAUUUGUUUCAUCUGGUUUUAUUACUGCCCGAUAAACAAUGAUGAAUCUUUACUCUUAUCCAAACAUAUAAAUGCUUACAAAGUGUGCUUUGUAUACCUGACUGAAUACCUUAUGAGGUAGUAAUGAUUUUAGUAUAUUAACUUUAAUGAUUUUUGUCAGCAUUGUUCAGAGUCAGCUUCCAGUCACCCUUCACAGAUCCUAACCUUGUAAAUUAUGUGUAGUUAUUUUGGAGAAAAAAAAAAUCUGUAUUUUACAUAGUUUGCAGCUUUAGAAAAUUAUUAAUCUGAAAUAACCGUGAUGGUUUUCUAUUGAUUUCCCUUUUGUUCUCAGAGGAAAAAAAAAUCUGUUUGAGAAUCUGGUCAGCAUUUACUAUCUAGUUCUGAGUCAAGCCUUAACCUGUACAGAACGUCCACUGAAAACUCGCUAGUGUCCAGCUCUAAUACCCACGGAAGGGAUAGCGUCCAUUACACUGUCAGCUGCAUCUCAACACAUGGUGAAUGUAUGUUUCUGCAUAGUGAAAUAAAAGUGGUAAAUGCAUCUGAAAUCGUAUUGUUCUGUGUCUAAAAGCACCUAGUGGUCUUUAGUAUUCAAAACAUCAAAAUGUUAUGUUUGUAAGACUCCACAGGUUUCACUCAUGUGCACAGUAGAUGUGUUUUGUCUUCAGUGGCUGACACUGCACUGUGCAGACAGUGGGAGUUAGCGGAGAAUCCAAAGGGAUGACAGUGUUCACCUUUGGGCAUAUGAUGUUUGCAGAGGAAAAGGACUGUUUGGUUCCUUCUGUUUUCUCUGAUUCUGUAACAUUUCACCGAAGCUAAAUGAAGAAUUUUGUUGUUGCUUAGAAAGUAAAGGCCAGUAGCGCUUGAUCCAGAUCCAGUCUCUUUUUUGUACUUUGGCUCUGAAACAUGGAUAAAAUUCUCUUUAAGCAGUAUUAUUAUUACUUACUGGUUCCAUUUCUUUUUUUUUUUUUUUUUUUGCUCCUUUGCCACAUCUCACUGACACUCCCCUGGCAGUUUAAGAGAAAUGAGAAAUUUGUUAUAAUUAAUUCACCCUUCAAUCUGUAUUUCCUUGCUGUAUUGAAAGGCAAUGGGUACAAGCAGACUUUUCAGGAUAUAAAGGGCCAAAUUUGCCCUUCGUUGUUUACACGGGGCUCCCUCCCAUUGAAGUCAAUGGAUUUGCCUUCAGUGGAGAGCAGGAUUUGACCCAGUGACUUGUUAAUAAAUGUUUAUUUUCAUAAUUUAGAAAGAAAAAUAGUAUAUAUAGAGACAAUAACCUGUAGAUAAUAAUUAAAAGUAAUAUCCCAAGGCUUUUAAAGCUUUGCCCUUAGUCUCCAAAACAUCUUCCUUCCACCAGCCAUUCUUCAUGCCUUUAAAUCUGGAGUGCUAACGUUGUAACCCCUCCCUGCCCCGCCGUCAUUGUUACCUCUCACCUAAUGACGACGCAAAGCUGACGGUCUGUUGUGAUCUUUGAUGGCCCUCUCCUCCUCCUCCUCCUAGCCCAAGACCAUCUCUGUUCUCAUCCCCCUGAGUGACAGUAGGCUCAGCUCUCUGGUGCUGCUGGUGCCCAGCGGCGGUCAGGGGUGAAGGAGGUCCUCACCCUGUCUUGGCCGGUGGCACACCAGGCCCUCGCUACUGCAUCAGGAGUUUAAAAAUAGACUCUGAAGCCAUAUUGAUCCUCCUUCAGGUGCCCCUCAUGUUGUCAGCUAAGAAACAGCAUCGUAUUACCUCACAGAGACGCGAGGCGAUCGCACGGCCUUCUCUCCAGAGUUAGCAUUAUAUUUUAGCAUGGCUUGAGGAGAUUGUAUUCUGGUGAUCCCGCACAGUAUGUAUGCUGUCUAAAGAUACUGCAUUGUAGGAAGUUAGUCUCCUUGGAAAGGACACUCGCCACUAAGGUACCGCCUAAGCGCAUAUAAACUAUGAGGAGAUGAGAGUGGACAGGCAAGGAUAUCUCAGUGCCACUGUUGGUAGUAGACCCUUGUUUGGGGGAUGGUUCCUGGAAGUUAUAGCUUUGGUUUUUGUUAGAAACUGUUUCUUGGGUUGUCUGCCUAAUGCUGUGCCACAUGAAAUAAAGAGCACCUGCCUGUUUCUACCAACCA